CUGGUUGAUACUUUUUGGUACUGUGGAGUUUCACAAGAGUUUAGAAUAAAGGAAAAAAAGUGUCUACAAGAUGGAAAAACUGCAAACACUUUUCCAGGUUUACCUGCAGUUUCUCACAGCAAGAGUGGUGAGACAGUGACUAGAAGAUGGAAUUUAUCUGAGAAAGUUGAAGGUUUUCUACAUAGUAGCACGGCUGCAAAAUCCGUGAAGACAAAAUGCUGCCAGCUGUGUGACAUUGAAGGUGGAGAGGGAAGGAGCUGGGAAUCGGCGCUCAGCCCUCUGCACCCACAAGCACAGCACAGUCCUGCUGUGCAAGACACCAUCCCGGGGUGGACUUACCAGGAAUGAGGGGACAGAACCUUCCUUAUUAAUACCGUUUUGUGAAGGAAUUAUUUCCAUGGAGGAAGAGCUUCCCAGCCCCACCUUUCACAUUCCUUUACCUGCAUGUCAGUUUCCACAGGCAGGGGUGCUGAAGAGCAAGAUUACUCAACACUCACACAAGUGAACCCCUGCUAAGUCCUGCUCUCCGAAUCAGAACCUGUCUGCUUGCGGUAAACAGCCAGCUCAACUGACUUGCAAACCAGUGUUGAAAGAUUUAUGGAAGCUCUUGUGGUACCAUGAGGGCAGUAGGGAGGGAGAAAACCCACAUGUGUGCUGGUAAAAUGUCCUACGCUGAAGUCAGAAGCAGCCUGUGAGGAUGACAAAUUAUCCAGAAGAAAGAAGAAACUGAGUGCCUGGAACUGCAGAACUGCAGAAGCUGGUCAGCAGCACCGUGUGGUCAUAUGUCUGUCACUAAGAUGCUGCAGUUCCAGCUCGCGGUGGUGCAUUUGGCCCUCGUGAUUGCCCUGCUGUGGUGGAGCUCCAGCUCUGUGCUCCUUGCAGAGGCAGCGCCAGAGCCUCUGGAGCUUUCUUCUGCUCUGGGCAUGGGAGACCCUCCCAUGGGCAGUGAAGAGCAGCCAGCCACCAACCUGGCAGCCAAACUGCUCCUUCUUGAUGACUUGGUGUCCCUGGAGAACGAGGUGACCGAGACCAAGAAGAAAAGAAGCUUCCCAGGAUUUGGCUCCCCGAUUGACAGAAUUUCUUCAUCUUCUGUGGAUGCUAAGGGCAAACAGAGGAAGGUGCUUGAGCUGCCCAAGAGAAGGUUUGGAGUUCCUCUGGACCGGAUUGGAGUGAGCCACCUUGGCAACACCAGGGGUUAGCAGUUCCUGCAGAUGGUUCUCUUCUGAAUGAGCAAUGCUGUAUUGGAAACAUUACACAGAUAUGGAAGAUGCCUCACAGCAUGCCUUGUCUUUGCCUAAUGAUAUGGCACUCAAGGGAAUUGACCUCCUGCAAAAUCUGUUUCAAGUUGCAUUUUACAAAUGUUGCAUUUACAAAUAACAUAUUCAGUCCAUCAGGUCAGAAUGCUCUCACAGCUGUGCACAGUGUCACUGGUAGGAGGCAACAAGAGAAUAUGUAUAUAUUUUUAUUGCAUGGCAUUUAUUUGUUAAAUGUGUAGAAUUUUAUUAUCCUAG